AUGGCUUAUAGGGCCAAAACAUAUGCAUCAGAGGAGGUUGCAGGUUCAUUCACUGAGCAAUAUACCAGAAUAUUUGAUUAUGCAAAUGAGUUAUUAGCAAGAAACCAUGGGUCUACAAUCAAAGUAAAAGUUGAGCCUAAUGAUGGGAAUGAUGGGAAAGUAAUAUUCCAGAGGUUUUACACAUGUCUUCAAGCAUGCAAAAAUAGCUUUCUUUUAUGCAGGCCAAUCAUUGGUCUUGAUGGAGCGUUCUUGAAAGGCAGACAUCAUGGUGAGCUUUUAACUGCUGUGGCACGAGAUGCAAAUGACCAGAUGUUACCAUUGGCCUAUGCAAUUGUUGAAGUUGAAAACAAGGACACGUGGACAUGGUUUCUGGAGCUAUUGAUUGAAGACUUAGGUGGUCGAGAUGGUUUAAGAUAUGCUGUUGAAGAUGUUAUUCCUGGAGUUGCACAAAGGUUUUGUGUAAGGCAUUUAUAUGCCAACUUCAGGAAAAAAUUCCCUGGAAAAAACUUGAAAAGGCUCAUGUGGAGGGCAACUACAGCAACCCAUCCACAACAGUGGGAGACUGAGAUGAGACAUAUGAAAGAGGUUAAUGAAGAUGCUUUUAAACAUUUGAUGUCCAUUCCUCCAAGGUUUUGGUCAAGAUCAAGGUUCACAACCACAGCUCAAAGUGAUACCUUGGUAAAUAACAUGUCAGAAGCUUUUAAUAGCGUUCUAGUAAACACAAGGACCAAACCAAUUAUUACACUGUUGGAGGACAUCAGAUUGUACAUGAUGAAGAGAUGGGCAGCUAAUAGGUCAAGGGUGACCUCUUUUAAAUCAACAACUUGUCCUAAAAUUCUGAGUAGAUUACAGAAGGAGGCACUACAAACAAAGAACUGGGUUCCAAGGAAGUNGUCUGCACACAAACUUUUUGAGAUCAGACAUGUGUCCCAAAGUGGGGACAACUUUGUGGUGGAUAUAGAUACAUGUACAUGUUCCUGCAGGAAGUGGAGCAUCAGUGGAAUUCCAUGUGUGCAUGCAUUGACAGCAAUGAAGUUCCUCAACCUAACUGCGGAGGACUAUCUACCUGUAUGUUUUAAGAAGUCAACCUAUGAAGAGAUGUAUUCCUCCAUUAUAUACCCCAUUAAUGGAAAACAUCUAUGGGAGAUCACUCAAUGUCAAGAUGUCUUGCCUCCACCAAAAAGACAAAUGUCUGGUCGUCCUAAGAAGAAAAGGAGAUUAGAGCAAUGGGAGUUGAAGAAAAGUUCUACCAAAAUGUCUAAAGGGGGCUUACUCAAGAGAUGCACCAUCUGUAGGGAAUGGGACACAACAAAAGAAAUUGCCCAAAACGAAUCCAAGGGCAGCAAGAGGGAGAACCCAACACAGUUCCUCAAGCUCAACCAGAUGGACCAGAAACACAAACAACUUGAUGCUUAA